AAAAAAAAAGGAAUAAAAAAUUUUUAAAAUAAAUAGCAGUAUACAAUCCCUACAUUCGGGUUGAAAGGCCAUUGCUUAUAUCGAUGCAUAUAAUACAUUGAAAAAGAAUAGGUUAAUUACUGACAAAACAUUGAAAAACAUUGAUAUGUGUAAAUAUUGUAAGAGAGGAGAAGAAAUGCAAUGUAUACAUGGUACAACUUAUCUAUUAGUAAUAAGUUGGCACACUUGGUGGAAAAAAAAUUGGUAAGCUAGCCUAAUAAAUAGGCAAUCAAACAGAAAGACUUCAGCAAAGUAGAAAUAAGAUAUGAGCCUGCUAAUAUUUUCAAAAUCGAUGUUCAUAUUUCUUUAGCUAAAAAUAACUCGUUCGUCACUGCGGAGUUUAGUUUUCGAAAAAGAAAAAUGGCGACGAAUAUGUGUCAAAGUAACAAUUUUGUGUAAAAUGGUUCCUUUCCUUGUAACGCAUAGCAGAUGUAAUGAGUGAGAAGUCUAUAGGGGCGAAAGGUAAACCACCUGACAAGCAAGAAGCUACAGUGGACGGAAAUGCCCCAAAUUCUAAAGAAAAACUAGGCAAUAACCUAAACGAAAAUGAUAGCGGAGAGAAGCAGUCGGAACUGCCAAAAAUAUCAGAGAAACCGAAAGCGUUCGAGAAAAAAUCAGACUCGCGGCCAAGCAUGAAAAUCAAUCCCAGCAGCAACAGGAACGGUAAAUCAAAAAGAGAAGAUGACAAACGUGCUUCUUAUCCAGUGAGGAGCCCUCAUUCCCGCGGUCGACAUUAUGAAAAGUCAGACUCUAGAACAUACCAGUCUUCAUCCUUCAAAUCUGAAACAAAAAGAUCAGACUCGACCAAGGCUUUCACUGAUGAUUCCCGACUUUCUAAGUAUAUAAGGAGAGUUAUAAGAGAUGGCGACAAAGAACGGAGAAUCUCUUCAGCCAAACAGCUACGGGACUAUCUACGUACUUCAGAUGGAGUCAAGAUGGUCUAUAAAGUGUCAGAGGAUGCCUGGACUUCACUACAAGAAGUGUUCUAUGAGAGACCAUCGCUGUGUCCAAAGGAAGUGAAAGUAGAGGUUGCAAAAUGUGUGGGGAUCAUUGGAGGAAUUAUGGGGCAUGAUUCACAAAGGUAUUUUCAGUGGCUGUUCAGUCAGACAAAUAACAUGGUGGAUGACGAGAUUCGCUCGUUGUUCAUUGAUGCCCUGUAUGAGACGCUUCGGUAUGAUGAAAAGAAACAAGCUACUGCCAACCUAAUGCCUAUGGUGAUGGCUAAUGUCCAGACGUUGCUGGAGAAUGCAGAUACACCAGAUCUUUUGAAUUCAGUGGUCAAUGUCAUCCUCCAUAUUGCCAAAAACUGUCCUAGUGUCUUCACAUCACACUUUAGGGACACAGUGGACAUUUUAGUGGGCUGGCACAUUGAUUCUACCCAGAAGGAGAGCCUGAUCGAGUUCACAUCCAGUGCUUUAAUUGAGUUCCACAGAUACUGGGUCAAUGACAUUUCCUUCUCCACCACUCUACUGGGACAGUUCCUGGAAGACAUGGAAGCUUACGCAGAGGACCUGGCCUAUGGUUGUGGGGACCAGACAUAUCCUGACGAAGAGAUCCCCAAUCCCGAGGAUUGCAUCAUCAAAAUCGGAGCCCUCAUCAAAGUGUUCACAACAGUGGUUAAAAGUAUGGGAGAGGAGUUUACCCCCAGCAAGCAUAUCAGCAGGGAGUAUAUAUCACAGAUUCUGGACAGAAUUACAAAGAGUGUGGACACAGCAACAAGACAUUACUUUUCAGAAUACAUGGUCAUUGAAGCCAACUCAUGCAUCCAGAUUUUGAUUGGACAGCUCCGGUCAGAGGUGGUCCACAGUGAAGAGCAUCUGCUGCCAUUCGUGUUGUAUCAGAUCUUCACAGAGAAGCUGGUCUCCUACCGCUUCAUCUCGUCCAUGCUCACUGUCUGCCAGAAGGUGAUAGAGACAUUUGGAACACAGUUGCCUGUGAACUUUGUGAGUCAGCUGUUUGCUCCUGGAUCCAUGCUGCAGAGAUAUCGGUUCUAUCACAGUGAAAAGAUUAUACAACAAAUUUUGGCUCUUUAUCAUGAUGUCAUGGCUCUGAAAAGUGUGCCACUGUUGGAGGAAUCCUUUAAGUAUGUUGUUGGAGAUCUUCAGCAAGCUUUUAAAACCUUGCUCCAAGCAGCAGGAGAGAAAUCAGAGAGAUGUGUGAUUUCUGUCAAUCCGUACUGUGAUGUAGUGUAUAGUGUCACAGAGGCAGAGUCUGUCUGUAUCUUUAACCUUUGUGCCCUGGCUGAAAUUGGAAACACCAAGAGUAAUUUGAUAGCUAUGUGGGCUCUGUCUCCCAGCAUCUUUGACCUGGUCAGUAAACACUUCAGCCCCCUGGAUGAGGUUGUGUCGGAGGUAUACCCAGCUAUUCAGUACGCCCUCCUCAGCACGCUCUUCUCCCACUGCUCCAGGCAUGGUAACUUCGUGUCCAGUAGCAGUCUGAUCAUGCAGACCUCUAGGCUGGAUGGCUCCCCGAUGGCCAAUGUGAAUCCCACCACUGCCAGCAACUUCACACAGAUCCUGAGACUACUGGCUGGUCUCCUGGCCCAGAGUCGAACUUCUUAUGACAGCAGAUGCUUAGGAAUAAAGUGGAUUGCAGAUAUUAUUGGCAGUCUUCAGACCAACCCACAGAUUUUCUGCUCAGAUGAGUUCACAAAUGUCAUUAGAUAUAUCACACAGUUAGGUCAUCAUAAUGACUUCCACAUCUCCAUGUGUGUGUGUAAAUGUUUGCAAGAUGUCUAUAAAAUCAACAGCAAUCUACCAAUCCACUUGAUACAGAGUGCUCUGAAGCUGAGUGUGUACAAGUUAUCAGAUGUGCGACCAGAGGUCAGAGAUGGUUAUCUGAAUCUUCUGAAAGCCUUGCCAGUCAAUGUAACCACAAGGUUGUACAGCCUGUUACAUCUGGGUGAAGACAAUGAUCAGUCCAUCAGUUUACAUGAAGGAGCUGAGGGGGUCACUGCUGCAUGGCUCGCCCGGCGGGCACACGUCAACCGUAUCCCUAAUGGAGAAUUCCAUGCUGUCAACUUUAGACAAAUCAUGGCUUUCAUAUUGCAUGAUACUCAACCCAUCCAAUCAGGAAGCUGGAACUGGCUGGAAGCCAUGUUUUACAGUUGUCAGGAUGCGUCACGUGACAACAAAAUGAUGGAGUCAUUCAGGAUGGCAAACUUUGUCGACAACAAUGAAGCCAUGCUGUGGUUCUGGGCCACGUGGGAGUCAGCCCAAUAUUGUGUGCUGAAUAGACUGAGAACACCCCUAGGCAAACCACAGGAUACAUUUACCUCCAUUGAGGGUGUUCUGAAGAUGUUUGCCAAAGAGCUAGAUAAAGCUACCGAGGAGGGAAACAAUCUCAGUAAAUCAGAACAAAAGAAAGGAUCCAAGUCUGAUGACCUCUCCAGCCACCUCCGUGUACACCUGCUCUUACAAUUCAUGGAACACCUGGAGAAACUCCUGUAUAAUGCCUAUGAAGGAUGUGCUAUGGCUAUGCCUAUGUCACCAAAGACUGUGAGGACUUUCUUUAGAACAAACAAGGGUACUUGCUUAGAGUGGUUAUCUCGGAUCCGGUCCUCUAUCAUUAAGAUAGCACUACACAGUGGCAUGCCAGCCAUGGCAGUUCGACAGUGUCAUCAACUACUGCAGGAAAUGAAAGAAAACAACACCUUACAGGGAUUUGAGUUUGAGCAGACAGUGUUGUUCCUUGUGAAGGCUUUGUGUGAGCUGAAACAGGGAGACGCCAUAAUGGGAGUGUACAGUUGGUGUAAGGAACAAACAGGCAAAAAAUUCCUCUGGAUUAAAGCUCUGGUGGAAAAAGCGUCAGGAAAAUAUGAGAGUGCUGCAAAAGAAUUGAAGGGUGUGCUCAAGGUGAUGGUUUCUUCUGAUUCGGAGAAAAUUGAUUCCCCCCGAGAAGAUCUGAGCAAGAUGGAGAUGAUCAUACCAAAGAAAAUCACGGGAAUCUUGAGCAAACAGUCUCCCUCCCCCCAGCCAGACAGCCAGCUUCAAGUGGUGAAGGUCCAUUUCGUUGUGACAGAGGUUUUUGAUUGUUAUGAGAAGUUAUGUGACUGGGACUCAGUACUGGAAUGGCAGGAGGCUGUCCUACAGUACAGACAAAAUUACAGUCAUCUACAGGCUGCUUUCAACUCAGAUGUAGACCUCAACUACAUAGGAGCGUUAUCAUCCUUUGAGUUUGGAGAUUUUGCUGACAUUCGAGAGAAACUAGAGCUUGUUCCUGGUGCCUCUCUGUCAGAUAUUAACAUCAGCACACAGACGUACAGUCAGUGGAGUCCGAAGGAGAAGCUGGAUCUCAUCAACAAACAGUUUAUUAGGCUUACCACGCUCUGUCAGGACCCAAAGUCCACCAUUAACAAGAGUGACAUUUCGAAGUGUCUAAGUCAUGUUGAAAGCCUGGAGGAAAGUUUGCUGAGGGUGGCCUCCCUUGAGUGGCCUCUUCUGUCUGUUCAGAGAGCUUUAACACACUUAUGUACCACCACAGUCCUUAGAAAACGGUUUGAUGACAAAAAGUCAAAGAUGAUUUUGUUACCACUGAGUCAGGAUGAUCGGAUGGAUGCUGAUGAACAUGACAUUACAUCCUACCUUCACUUACAAAGACUACUAGACAUACAGAGGCAAAAUACCGCUACUGAAAAGAAGUCCAGCCUGAUUGACCAGAUUCUGAAAAUUCAGGUCUCCACAGCAAGUCUCGCCAGGAAACAGAAUAAUUACAAGCUUGCUGAGAGUGUCCUACUAUCACAAAUUGACACUCUCAUAAAACCGAACAUGGAGAACGGGAAAAUUGUCCCUGAUGGUCUUCUUUCAGCCCUGUCCAUUUUACAGAGCAACAGCAAAGCAGUCAGUCAGCUGGAAGUUCUCAGAGUGGAACGUGAAGGAGCUAAGCUUCUCCACAGCAUGUCACAGCAUAAAGAGAGCAUUGACAUUCUCUCCAGCAGCAUAGUGGGUUAUAUCUGUGCUGACUUGAAGCAAGAGAAGAAAGACAAGGAGCUGCUGGAGAGCUGUAGUCAGCUGUGUGGAAAGUCACUGCUGAUGCUGGUGAAGUGGCUACAGCUGGAUUAUAAGAACCUGUCCAGUGUUGUUAGUCUGAUGAACCAGCCCGGGGAAGACAGUUUAUUGCCUGGGAACUUACAGCUACUGAUGGAGACUGAGGCCAGGGCAGCUCAGCAAGGCAUGGGGCUAGUCAUGGAGGACAACAACAUUAGUAUCGGGGAGAGUGCGAUUGUGAGUGACACUGACAGUCUGAUUGGACGACUUCUUCACCUGAGUACCAUUGAGUGCCCAACCUUGAGUAAAGCAUGGUUUACUCUAGCUGGCUGGUGCUACAAGUGGGGGCGCAAGUCUGUGGAUAGUGCCAGCCACGGAUCUGUGGACCUGCUGAGUGAAGAAAUAGAGGAAGUCAAAGCAGUUUUGCCCAAAGGGACAAGCGCUGAGGAGACAGGGAAGGUUUUGAGUGUCCUGCGACAGAUACAUACCUUGGAUAAUAGUGAAGAGGACAUUUGUGAACAGGAACAGGGCCAGUAUGAAGGGGCAGAGACCACCAGACGCCAGCUGUUGUCCUGUUGUCUGCCCCUGCAGAUAGCCAGUGAGGACUGUCUGGAGAGUCUGUUGUCCAUCUGGAGAGGAAUUGUACACAGAGUGUACCACUACUACCAGCUGUCUGCCAAGGCUUACUUUACUUACCUACAACUCAAUGGCAAGGCAAAAUCUGAAGAGAGUAAUGAGGACGGUAAUGUUAUAGCCACACUGCGACUGCUUAGGCUGCUGGUCAAACAUGCAUGGGAGUUACGUAAUGUGCUGGAGUCGGGGUUAGCUAGCACACUAACUACUCCUUGGAAAGGAAUAAUUCCACAGUUGUUUUCACGUCUGAGUCACCCUGAGGUGUAUGUCAGACAGAGUAUUUCUGACCUACUUUGUCGUGUGGCUCAUGAUGCUCCUCACUUGAUUGUGUACCCAGCUGUCGUGGGGUCCUCUACCAAAAUGGACGACGCUGACACCAACAUUAAAAGAGAAGGUUUACUGACCCAUUAUCUGACAAAACAGCUUGAUGAUGAUGACGAUGAUGACAAGUCUGAAGAUGAAGACAGUGAAGAGGAAGAUGUCACCAACACAAUGUUGCAGAACUGUCUGGCCUCCAUUGUAGAGGCCCUGUCUUACAACAAUCCUCUGAUGAUUCAGGAGGUUAAGCAGCUUGUUCAUGAGCUGAGAAGGAUCACACUUCUUUGGGAUGAGCUCUGGUUGGGCACGCUCAAUCAGCAGCAUAUUGAUGUUACCAGGAAGUUGCAGCAACUAGAGGCUGAGGUCAAAAAGGUCAUGAACAACUCCAGCCUUACCAAGGAUGAGAAGCUGGCUAUUAUUAAAGAGAAACACAGAACCAUUAUGAAGCCUACAUUAUACACAUUGGAGAGAUUACAGGAAAUUACAUCACAGGAAGUGGAGACUCCACAUGAACAGUGGUUUCAGGAGAAUUUUGGAAAACUCAUCACCAUGGCAAUGGACAGACUGAGAAAUCCCACUAAUCCCAACCAUCCUAACAGCAGUUGGCAACCAUUCAAACAGCUCCAUAGUAGCUUACAACAAAGAGCUCAGAAGAGGAGCAGUCUGAUUUUGAAGAUGGACAGGAUCAGUCCAAAGCUGCAGUCCUUGAAGUCAACAGUCAUAGCUAUGCCAGGCCUUGGCAUGUCAGGAAAGGUUGUUACAAUUGAGUCGGUUUCCAAUACUGUGCAGAUUUUGCCCACAAAAACUAAACCUAAAAAACUGAUUUUGCUAGGAUCUGAUGGGAAAAGAUACCCUUAUCUGUUCAAAGGACUGGAAGACUUGCACUUGGAUGAGAGGAUCAUGCAGUUUCUAGGAAUAGUUAAUAACAUGUUCAUUAAUGCUAACAGACAAGAGCAGCAGUUGUUCCGUGCUCGCCAUUACUCUGUAACCCCACUAGGGCCUCGUUCUGGGCUGAUUCAGUGGGUGGAUGGUGCCACGCCUCUCUUUAGUUUAUAUAAGAGAUGGCAACAGAGAGAUGCUUUAGCCCAAUCAAUUAAGAGCCAAAGUACCAGCAGUGCCUCCACCACAAAUCAGGCCACCACCAUAUUACGACCAAGUGAAAUCUUCUACAACAAGCUCACUCCAGCCCUCAGAGAGAAGGGUAUAACAAACCUGGAGAACCGUAAGGAGUGGCCCCUGAGUGUCCUGAGGAGUGUGUUACAGGAACUGAUGGUAGAGACCCCGGGGGACCUUCUGGCUAGGGAGCUAUGGUGCUCGAGUACUGGCCCUAAUGAAUGGUGGCACAUCACCCAGAGUUACGCGCGGUCUACAGCUGUCAUGUCAAUGAUUGGCUACAUUAUCGGGCUUGGGGACAGACAUCUUGACAAUGUUUUGGUAGAUCUGGCAACGGGAGAGGUUGUUCAUAUUGACUACAAUGUGUGUUUUGAGAAAGGAAAGGGUUUGAGAGUGCCAGAGAAAGUUCCUUUCAGAAUGACACAGAAUAUUGAAACAGCUUUAGGAGUUACAGGCAUUGAGGGAACAUUUAGAAUAUCUUGUGAGCAUGUGAUGAAGACCUUAAGGAAGGGGAGGGAGACCUUACUAACUCUGUUGGAGGCAUUUGUGUAUGAUCCUUUGGUGGACUGGACAACAGGAAAUGAAGGAGGAUAUGCAGGAGCAUUCUAUGGAGGUGGGGGGCUAUCUGUAAUGGGAGCAGGGGGAGAUAAUCGACAGACCAAGAGAGACAUGGAGAGAGAAAUUACUCUUAGCAUGUUCUCCAUCAGAAUGGCAGAAAUGAAAGUUCCUUGGAUCAAAAACAGGGAUGACCUGUUGAGGGCUCUGCCCAAACUUCAGGAGGAGGUCAGCAAAUGGUGUGCAGCAGCAGACAAGCACUCAAACGCAGUGGGAAAUCAACAGAACAUGAAGGAGGUCAAACAGCUGGUGAAAGAGGCCUUGAAUGACACAGAUCACUCCUUAUUCUCACUUCAUGAGAGGUAUGAUGAAUAUGCAGUAGUGAAAGCAAACAGAGACUCAGUGUUUGAAGUUAUAGAGAAGACCAUCAAUGAAUUUAGUCACUGGCAGAAACUUCACAAGCAUGUUAUUGAGAGUAUUCAAGGAGCCGCCUUCCAGAAAAUGUGUUCAGAUGUGGCCACUCCAUUAAGUCUAGGGACCACUAGUUUUGGGACAGUCACAGACUUCCUGCAGGGGGCAGGGCAGAGUCAAAUUGUGUCUCAGUGUGAACAGCUUGAGGCAGAGAUGGUCAGUUAUUUACAGCUGCAGAGAUCUCACCUACACAGGGCUAUGGAUGUGCUGCACACUUAUGCUACUAUCAUCUCUCAGUUUGGUACCAGUUUCGCAGACCAGAACAGGACAGGAUAUUAUCUUAUGUGGCUGCAAGAAGUUUUGUGUGAUUUUACGUCAGAGAGAUGCGAAAACAUUGUCAGUCAGUUUCAUGAAUUGUAUGGAAAGCAAGGAUUCUCUCAAACCAAAACUCAGCUUGUACUGAACACUGAGGCCAGGAUACAGGGGAUCAUCACAGACGUCAACGGGCGCCUCAUCAAGUUACUGGAGAGGAGAAGCCAGGAGAAUGCGGAGACCGAGUACUUGGAGCAUCAGAUCAUAGAACAGAACAAGACUGUGCAGGCUUUUGUUAGAGAGAACGGGAUGAGUGGAGUGUCUAGUUUGAUGGCCUGGGUGAUAUCUGCCCUUUGUGCACUCAACAAGCGUUACAACCAGAUGGAGGGAGCAGCUGCAGGUGCUGGUGAUCGCUUGAUGGAUCUGACAUCGCGUGAUGGAGACUGGUUUCUGGAUGAACUUUGUAGUAUGAGCAGUAAUGUCAUGCACUAUAUCGACAUCCUUAAGGUCAACACUUCAGUGCAGGACCUAGAACAUUUCAACUCUCUGUAUUUGGCUUUGACCUCUACACACAAUGUUUAUAAUGCACUACAGGAUUUGAACUUGAAUUUUCGAUCAAUUAUUCUACCUGAGGCUCUGAAAGCAAUCCAGGCCCAGAAUGACAGUGUAUGUAAGGCCUUACAAGACCUGGAGAAUCUCUUCUCAGAUGCUGGAUUUCCCAUAGAAACAGUUGUGUUACAACUGGAGUCACUACACAGGAAUGCCAUCAUGGGAGUUGAGAAUGAUAACUUGGAGAUGAUGACUGUGGUGAAGAAGAUGCAGGUUCAGUACCAGGAGAUCCUGGCAGGGCCUGGGGAGGGGGAGGAAAUGUCCCCAGGCCAGAUGCUACUGAUGGGUUUCAACGGACUCUUCACUCGAUUGGAGGAUGAGUUUAUUGGACUUAUGGAUUCCAUGGACUCACUUCAGGUUCCAGAGGUCUGGAAAAAAGUGGAUGCUGUUAGAGAGGGAAAGGCAAUGCAGCUGUCCUCCUUCACCACCAGUACCAGACAGUAUCUGUCCAGUUUGUUCUUUGUGAAGCGGUUGCAGGCCAUGCAGACAUUUUUCCACAUGUGUACUCAGUAUGCUGCCAAUCUGCAAGGAAUUGAAGGUGGAAACUGUUAUGAUGAUGAUCAGUUAUCCAGGCCAAUCAAACGCUUCAUUGCGGAGUACGUCCGAAAGCAAGUGAUAGGAUUCCCAUCUCAAGUUCUUGGUUACAUGCUGUGUGUAUAUAUUGAUGCCCUGGGGGUGAAUGUGACAGCUGAAAUAGAGUUAAAGGACAUCGGAGCUGAGUAUAAGGUUCCCCUAGAAGACUUGAGGAAGAAGGCAGUGGAUGUUUGUCUCAGGAACAACCAGUUCCAACACAUGCACUUCACGCAGGCCAGUACCAUCGUCAGUGGACUAGAUUCCAUCUGGAGGAGACAUGACCUAGCCAGGAGAUUGGACUCUAGUUUAGUGGUGAUGAAGAACUGUCUUCAGAGAUCACAGCUACAGCUGUCCAGAGUCCAGUGGCUUCAUGAGGAUCUGUUUGUGAAUGCUGGACGACACCUGAAUCAGAUGGUGAUGCCAAACAGAGCCACAGUCAUGUCAGAGAUGAGGAAGAGCAUGCAAGCCUUGGCAGCACAGGAGACAGGUCUGGUGAACUGUUACUCUCACUAUGUACAGCUAGAGGGCAGCAUCAUACAGCGACUCAAGUGGGCCGCUGGGGCCAAUCCAUCACUGAAUCUGGUGCUACAGCAGUUCGAUGAGGCCAGCACAUACAGAAAACUGUUGUAUGAGGAAGAGAGGAAGAAGGCAACAGAAGUAGUGAGUCUAUGUCAGGGAAUUCUUCACCUUGAGGCCCUGAGGACGAGGACAAGUGAGGCAGCUGCCUCGGAUGCCAAUUUCAUGAGCCUUAUCAACAAAUGCAGUGAGACUUGUGUGAUGAUGGAGUCUACUCACAGCUCAGUCACCGACACAGAAAUAUUGCUGAUGAACACCAAGAACUCUGGUGAGAACCAGAGAAUUGAUAGGAAGUGGUUGGAGGAGUGUAAGGCAGACAUUCAGGUUCAGAUGGACACCCUCCGUCAGGAGGCGGACAAACUCCAGAAAGAUGUGGAUACAGCCAAGGAUGCCAUUAAAGAUGAAGUGACGGCCAUCAAAACAAUCUUGACUACUCAUCACAAGCUAAUGUCGGACAUUCGUACCAUUCUAAAGUCUAUGUCUAAGCUGGAAGAACAAGAUGAGGCGGACUCUCCAGUCUUUAAUGGCAUCAGAGAAUAUCUUGUUGUCUACAAGAACUUCUCAGAGAACUUGGCCAUGGUGUUGAAGAUUGUGCUGGUGGAGGACAUGACGAAAGAAGGAAUGACAGAUGCUGACUCCAUGAUAGAGACACUUAUGAUGCAGGUCCCCCAAAUUUUCGAUGACCUGGUGAACUUAGCCCCUCCAUUGAUAUCAGAGGAGGAAGAGUCCACAGAAAAUGUGGCCGACUCCAGUUUCGCCUCAGCUCUUAAAAAACCACUGGAAUCACGGGAAUUGUCCAGUCCAGUUCGGAAACCACCAAACAAAGAGGCUACCACUCCAGCUCAAGGCAGCCCACAUGUCAGCUUGAUGGCUAAAAUCUCUAGCCAGGGUGGAAAGAAGUUGGACAAAGUUACCAGAGAUCCAAGAACUGGAAAAGCCAUACAAGAGAGGAAUUCCUAUGCUGUCAGUGUGUGGAGGAGAGUUAAAAUGAAGUUGGAUGGCCGUGAUCCAGAUCUCAACAAACGCCUCUCGGUUGCAGAACAGGUGGAGUUUGUCAUAAAAGAGGCCAACAACCUGGAUAAUUUAUCAGUCCUUUAUGAAGGUUGGACACCCUGGGUAUGAACUAGCCUGAAAAAUCGCAAGAUUCUUGCCGGCUAAAACUGCUCCAUAAUCCGACGCACUUACCACACAGUGCAAACACUGUGAAGGAGAAGCGUGGGUCGUAUAGACAGAGAAGGUACACCAUCAACAUUGAGAAGCUAAGCAAAUAAAGACUCUGGGCCCGGCCAGAGGGCCCGCAAAAAUGAGUCUGUUCAGCUUUUCACAUGUGGGGGGUGGGUCAAGCCAAUAGCACCAAAUUCUGUGGUUAGCAGAGACGCGUGCUGAUGAUAUUGUGAGAAGUGUGAUAAACAUUCUUAUGCAGUGCAACAUUUUUGCCUGUUUGAUGAACUGAUGAAAAGUUUACUGAGCAUGUAUGUGCAUUUAAAUGAAAUAUCAAUUAACAUAUUUUUAUUACAUGGUUAUGCUCUGGUGAUUUCAGUGAUAACCUAGGAAACAAAAUUGACGUGUUGAACGAUUCUAUCAUAUAAACACCGAGUGCCAUGAGACAGAAAUCGGUUUGUUUGUAAAUUUUGUAUAUAUUGUCGAGAAGAUCAAGUUUCCUUCAUUUUACAAAGUAGCAAUGCCAGAAUUUCCCACUUUUUUUGCUAGAGGAAAUUAACAACUUUCAAAAAUGUAGGAAAUUGUGAUCUCUGAUAUUCUGUCAUACUUUCCAUAUCGCACUUUAGAAAUAUUUGUGAUUUCAUUUUAAAGGGUUCUGUUUAUUUUGAUGCCGUCAAAUGGGUUAUUUUUAUCACUAAAGUUUGGCAUUACAACGGCAGGUAAUUGCCGGAAAGUGAAUUGUGUGUUGCUGCUGAAAAAAAAAGUUUCAUAAACUAACAGAUUAUAAUUUUUAAAUAUGACUAAAUUUUAUGAAAGAACAAAUCAGUUAACUUGUUUGCAAUCUGUAUUCAUUAUUUUUUUUAUAACAAAAUGGAAAUUUUGUUUGCUUUAGCAUUAUCAUGAAUAUCUAAUCCUGUAGAAUUAAGUAAAAUCACGUGUAUGAUAGGUGUAACUUAUGUCCAAUAUUUAGUCAGAUGUUUAAAGAGACUUGCACAGUAAAGGAAAAUUGGUGUAAAUAAUUAUUUUGUCCUGUAUUGAACCUAAUUUUUUUUUUUUUGGUGGUCUUUCCAUUUCAUUCUAGAAUAUUGGUAUCAAUAAAAUUGUUUUCGUGUA